GUUAUAACUGACACAUUGUAUGCAUGGACCAUGUGGUUGAUGUGACUCAUCUCUCAUGCUCUACCAUUUAUGUCAUCUUUUUGGCCAGUGCUAUUUGUUUCCUGGUGUCUGCCUUCCGAGGGAGGAUGUUCUCAGAGGACAGCUGUGCUACUCUUGGUCUAUUCUUCCAUUACUUUCACCUGAGCCAGUUUAGCUGGAUGCUCAUUCAGGCCAUUAAUUUUUGGCAGAUAUUGGUGAUGAAUGAUGAGCAUACAGAGAGACGCUAUCUUCUCUACUUCCUGCUCAGCUGGGGAUUUCCUGCUCUGGUCAUUAUCAUCCUGGUCAUAGUCCUUCUGGGAGGUUAUGGAUGGAGUAUUCACAGUGUUUAUGGCUUGGUGCAAGGAGAUCUGUGCUUUAUUCCAAAUAUAUAUGCUGCUCUUUGUACGGCUGCCCUGGUUCCACUUAUCUGCAUAGUGGGGGUCCUAGUGAUCUUCAUCCAUACAUAUCAGGUCACUCAGCACUGGAAAGCUUAUGAUGAUAUCUACCGAGGCCGGACUAACAGCUCAGAGGUCCCUAUGAUGCUGUACCUGUUUUCUCUGAUAACACUGGUCUGCCUGUGGGCUGGACUACACAUGGCUUAUAGAUACCAGUGGAUGCUGAUCCUCCUUGUUAUUUUAAACAUCUUUCUGGGUCUGUACGUGUUUUCCGUGUACUUUGUCAUGCAUAAUCAGUUUUUCUGGCCGGCUAAAGCAACUUACACCAUUGAGAUGAAUGGUAACGGAAGCCCAGAUUCCAUGUUCCAGGGUGCCGGUUCUGCAAUUGUCGGGGGAGGAGAAAUCAGCAAGUCAACACAGAACCUCAUUAGCGCCAUGGAAGAGGUUUCUGCAGACUGGGAGAGAGAUUCUUUAAGACCCAGUAGUCAACCCAGCAGCAUUUUUAAAGAGUCUCCACAGGAUGAAACUUACAUCACUGAAGGCGGAUUCAUCAACACUAAUCUGGUGCAAGAUGAAGAGUCACAAGACUUUGACGACCUUAUUUUUGCCUUAAAAACUGGUUCUGGUCUAAAUGUAAGUGACAGUGAGUCAAUUCAUGGAAGUCACGAUGGAGGGAGUGUGGCUAACUCACAGAUCGUAGAACUACGAAGAAUUCCUAUUGCAGACACCCAUCUCUAAUCUCAUUUUUUUUUUGUACUGAAAAUAAAUAAAAUAGUUUUAUUGUUUCUGCCUUUGCACUAAAUCUUAGUUUUUACAUUUUUGUCUUUUUAUACAUGGAAGGUGGUUUUUUUUAGUAUAUACAUAUGUGAAUAUAAAUAUCACAAAAUUAAUUUGUGAAGGCUUUAACAUUGUUUUGAAUGGAGAAUUUGUUUCGAUUAGUAGCAGCCAGCGGGAUAAUUCUGCUGCUUAAUUUGUGUAACACCAAUAAUAAAUGAUUCCACCACC